AUGCCUCGGCCAAAGAGAGACCUCUCUCCCUUAAGGGACAUCAUCAUCACAGCCUACCGCGAGCAGACCUCUGUUAGCGACAUCGUUGCCUUGCUGAAAGACAAAUUCGAUUUAGACAUCACUGAUCGGACUUCGUAUCGCCGCCUCAAGGAGUGGAAUGAACCUCUUCACCAGCAACGUACUGCAGAUACAGGUCAACUUCGUUCUAUCAUCGAGGAUGAGUUUUACACACGAGGGUCGUCAGAUACCGAAAUCCUACGCUAUGUCCGUUCGCUAGGCUUGCCUCUUUCCAAGGCUGGCUUGGAACGCAUUCGCAAGGACAUGGGGAUUUUUCGUCGACGUACUCCAGCCCAACUUGAAGCACAGCUCCUCCAAGUGGUUGACUUUAUGGAAACACCUUCUCUUUCUUCUAUUCUCAUUCCCCGUCUCGGACGCCGGUCUCUUUUGAAACACGUUCUUCAAGUCGCCCACAUCCCUGUUCCAGAGAGAGCUCUCUACGAAACCUUCAGCCAGCUAUACCCCGAAGAAGUCGCACGACGAUGGCAGCAGAUGCGUGGCAAGCGUGGAGGAUUCACAGUACCUGGGCCCAACUAUACGUGGUCAAUCGAUGCCUACUGCAAACUCCAGGAUUUCGGCUUUGAAGUGUAUGCAGGCAUUGAUGCUUAUUCACGCUACAUUGUCUGGUGCUACGUUGGCAUCUCAGCUCUUAAUGCCCGCUCGAUUUUCGCGCAGUACCUUUGGGUCGUUUCCCAGUACGGAUUUCUGCCGAUGGUCAUACGUGCAGAUCGGGGAAAGGAGACAACCAUGGUUGCUGCAGCACACUUUUGGCUCUCCCUCGGGACAACCUCACUUCGCCGACUUCAUGCGCCGCUUUUUGGCCCAGAAAGACCGUUCCAGUUCUCGGACUGUUGGGUCUAUGGCAAGAGUACCAAGAACCAAAGGAUCGAGGCUUGGUGGUCUCAAUUUGCAAAGGGACGGUCGACAUAUUGGGUUGAGUGGUUCAAGCAGCUCCGACAAGAAGAUCUGUGGUCAAGGGAUCGCUUGGCUGAUCGGAUUGCAUUACUCUGGACCUAUAUGCGAGAAUUAUCAAUGGUAACUAAUUCUCUUGCUCUCGAUUGCCCCAGCCUCCUUUCUUACGUCCGGCGCUUCUUAAUCGGACAUCUGCCAGCAGACCGCUUGUUUUUAAUCUCAUCCUUCACCAUUUGUGCCCAUUCCUCGAGCAGCUCCUCUGGGAGCUCGUCAAGCUGGUCCGAAGUGUACAUCUCGAACCUCUCCUUCUCUUUCUUGGCGGACUCCUCGACCUGUUCCUGCUUUGCCGCUGUUUAG